CACCAGGCCCCGUUUUCUCAGUCAACGCUCAACAGCAGAGGGAGGAAGGUUGCAUCAGUCCUUCACUAAUCUGUACAUACAGCAGUGAAAGUUGCACGCACAGUUACGAACUGUCUGUUGUAAUCAUAGUGAAGCAUUUUGAACUCACGAUGGCACAGAGGGUACACUGCGCGCUACCAGGCUGGUGCAGCGUCCCGUUGCUGUUGCUGUUGCUGCUCCAAAUGACUGCUGCUCAGAGAGCUGACUGUCCACACCCGUGCAUUCCACUGUCGCAAUGUCCUGAGAUGCGGAAGCUACUCGAGAAACCGACCUUGGAGAACAUCAGUGCUCUUCGGCGAGCCACUUGUACUUAUGAAACAGAUCCCAAGGUGUGUUGUCCGUCCAAACCAACAACAACUCCACCAUCCACCCCCAAAACCUCAUUGUUGCCUAGGAACUGCGGUCAGGGUGCAGACCUCAACAAGGUCGUUGGAGGAACAGCUGCGCCUUUAGGUGCUUAUCGUUGGAUAGCUGCAUUAGGAUAUUCAGUGGUUGGAUUCCCAGGGAUAGAGUUCCUUUGUGGGGGGUCAGUUAUUAACGAGAGGUACAUACUGACGGCUGCGCACUGUGUACACUCUUCUGCAUUAGCUGGAAAGAAACUUGAAGUCAUCCGCUUAGGAGAAUGGGAUUUAAAAAGCGACCCAGACUGUCUAGGUAUCGUCUGUAUUCCCCAGGCCCAGGACAAUGCUUAUGAAGAGGUCAUAAUUCACCCCAACUAUAAUACUAGAGUACAAUUUUCUGAUGAUAUUGCUCUCAUCAGACUCAACAAAUCCAUCGACUUAUCUACACCAUGGAUUCGUGCAGUAUGUCUACCACCUCAAGGUCUAGACGUUUCGAAAUUUGCCCCUAAACAUAAGUCCUUCAUAGCUGGCUGGGGCUUCACAGAGAAUGGUACUACCAGUAGCGUCCUGUUGCACGUCUUGCUACCAUACUUUAGUAAAGAGAAUUGCAGUAUUAGCUACAGAGGAAACAUUGUUGAUGAACAGAUUUGCUUUGGAGGUAUCAAAGGACAGGAUUCUUGUGGAGGAGAUUCUGGUGGCCCUCUAGUGAUGUCAGGUACUACAGGUCCACCCUUCCUGCAGGUUGGUUUGGUGUCCUAUGGUCCCGUAAACUGUGGUCAGAAAGAUGUACCUGGUGUUUAUACUUCUGUUUCUCACUACAGGAAUUGGAUUGAAACGAAUAUGAGACCGUAAUUUGUACUAAGAAUACAUAAUUCAAGAGUACACAAAAUCUUAGAAUAGGCCUAUAAGAAAACUUAUAUACAAUUUGUUCAUGUAAUUUGGAUUAAACAAAUAAUUACUUCGUAACCAAUAGCUGCUGGUUAAUUAAGAUAAAAGAUUGAGAUGAAUGGAUAGAUGGAUAGUCAGUGCUGUGUACUCAUGAAUGGAUGAAUAUAAACCAAUCCUUAGGUUUGAUUACUAACGAAAUUGUUACAAAUUGUGAUAUAAUGUUUUUAUGGCAAUUUCUUAAACAUUGCUCUGAACAGAAAUUCAUAAGUGUGCACUACCUUGAAGAUAUGUAUAUAAAAUGUCAAAACUGUUCAUUGAAUGUAUUAUACUGUAAUACAGUAUUGUUUGUGUAUAUUUUUAUGAAUAAAUGUAUUGUUAAAAAGA